AUGUACAGCUCCAGACGCAUCUCUCUGCCCAGUGAGAAACCCCAAGGACCGCCCCUUCUGAUGAAUGGUACCAGCAAUAAUGAAUCUCAAUCGGGUGAUAAACGAUAUGUCACGCAGCGACGCACGGUGGAUAUGAGCUCCCCUUAUGAUAGACUAUACUAUUUGAAAAGGCACGGACUGCCGCUGCCCUACGUGGAGCCCGAAACUAGUUACACCACUAACAUACUUCCAGCAGAUGCAUAUCUGCAUUCCAAAAGAAUCAUAAAUACUCCCACUAAGUUCACUCAUUUAAGUUCCAAUAAAGUUAAGCAUGUAAUUCCAGCGUUGGAAUGGACGCCCGAGGGCCGUAGAUUGGUGGUAGCCACCUACAGUGGUGAAUUUUCGCUAUGGAAUGGCUCAACCUUCAACUUUGAGAGUAUCAUGCAGGCUCACGACAGCGCUGUGGCGGUUAUGAAGUAUUCACAUGCCGGGGACUGGUUGAUUAGUGGUGACUCUGAUGGGACUAUAAAGAUUUGGCAACCCAACUUCAAUAUGGUCAAGGUGCUGGAUGAAGCCCACACUCAAUGUAUACGAGGAAUCUCUUUCAGUGGUACUGAUUCCAAGUUUGUGACCUGCUCAGAUGAUAACAUUUUGAAGAUUUGGAAUUUUAGUAAUGGCCAACAAGAGAGCACACUGUCAGGACACCAUUGGGAUGUGCGCAGUUGCGACUGGCACCCGACUAUGGGUCUCAUUGUUUCUGGCUCUAAAGAUAACCUUAUCAAACUCUGGGACCCCAGGUCUGGCCAGUGUGUGAGCACCGUUUUGGGUUUUAAGCAUACGAUCAUCAGCACCAAAUUCCAACCUACCAAAGGCAACAUGCUGGCAGUUAUAUCAAAGGAUAAAAGUUGCAGAGUGUUUGAUAUACGGCAAAAUAUGAAAGAGCUGGCUGUCUACAGGGACGAAUCUGACUACAUGUCACUGACAUGGCACCCUGUUAACGAAACUAUGUUUACAGUUGGCUGCUAUGACGGAUCAAUGAAACAUUUUGAUCUUCUUCAAGAUCCACAGAGCUCAUCCUCUGGCUGCUUUCACGAUAUACCAUACGCGCAUGAUAAGUGUAUUACGUCCUUGUCCUAUAGUCCAGUCGGGCAUAUCUUGGCCAGUGCAUCGAAAGAUAGAACUAUCCGCUUUUGGACAAGAGCACGGCCUUAUGAUCCUAACGCUUUUGACGAUCCAACAUACAACAACAAGAAGGUCAAUGCGUGGUAUUUCGGUAUCAACAAUAACAUCAAUGCCAUCAGGCCCAAAACGGAAGAUGGCAUAGCGUUGCCACCCACAGAUGGCGAUUCGAUGGGCAAUGGGUUUAAUUACAUGCCUCCUGGUGCUAGAGUCCAAUCACCGGCAAUGUCGGGUCUACCAGGAUUGAACUUUUGA